UCUGUGCACUGAAUUCAAUCGGCUCAAAUACAAAUAACAAUAACUGUCAUUGCCAGGCGGCAUCGUAUGUAUUUUUAUUUGGAAAAGAGAAUUAAUGAACGUUUUGUGAUCUAUCACAAUUUGACGAGCCAUGAAGUAUAUCUUGGCAUUCCUGUUGUUAGCCACAACAUAUAAUUCGUGUUUGGCAAUAUGGUGUUAUCAGUGUUCAUCUGCCACUCCUGGAUGCUCAGAACCCUUCAACUGGAGGGGUGUAGGGUAUUUAGGAAAUCCAUGUCCUGACAAUGAUGAUUAUUGUAUUAAAUUGAUUGAAAGGAAAGGAGCACAAACAGUAAUCACAAGGGAUUGUUUGAGCAACUUUCGAGCAUUCCGAACAGACAUUCCAGCUGAUACAUAUGAGGGUUGCAGACCCGCAGCAAAGGAUGUUAAUUUGGCAAAUUAUGUCAAUAACAGUAUUAAAGAACUUGACUUAAAAAGGGAAUGGUAUGACGAGACAAUGUGGUGUUUCUGUUUCCUCGACCAUCGAUGUAAUGGCGUGACAAAUGUUACAACAUCAAUGGCGUUGCUAAUGCUUUCAAGUAUUGUGAUGCUGGUCACAAAUGUAUCAUUAUUUUGAUAUUUUCUCACUUUUCAAGUAAAAUUUGACACAUGACAAUAGGUAUAUUUCACCAAAUAUGAAUUGUAAUAUAAAUAAGUAUCUAUGUAUAUAUAUCAGAAUUGUAUAACAUGUGUCUAAUAUGCCUUAACAAUUUUACAAAUGAAAGAUUAUGUUUUUUUUUGGUAAAAUAUCUUUAUGUUUUAAAUCAUAACAAGGGCAUGAUAAUUCUAAUAGACUGGUAGAGAAUCUCAUUUUAUGAUUUAAUUAUAUUGAUACAAACAUGUAUGUAGAAUAACUUGUACAUUUAGUAGUAAAGUAUAGUGUAACUAAAGUAUAACUAACUCUUUUAUCAAAGUGAAAUGAACUUAUUGUGCUUAUAUGUACAAUGUUUUAUCUUGUACUUUCAAGAUUGAUAGAGUAUCGACUAUCAAGUUGAUAGAUUUGAUAUCAGGUUGAUAGUAUCAACCCUCAUUCUAAUAUUUAAGAAGUAUAUGCCUAUUUCGUGGUGAUUUACAUCAAUAAUCUAAUUCAGGGUUUCUGAAACUUGACUCACAAACAUCUGUUAAAACUAUCAGAUAACAGUAUACCUAUUAUCUAACUAAUUAACUUCCUCUCUCCCUCAAGAAAAUAAGAUUUUUAUAUCAAUAUAAAAGGUAACAAAUACAGUACCAAAAUAAAUAUCUUUUUAAUCUGUAUUAAUGUAAUGGGUGGACUGUUGUGGAGAUAUUUGUGCUGCUUUUGUACAAAGUACCAAGUGUAAAAACCCACUCUCAUAUAAAUAUGUCGUGGCAAAAGGUAAAAGAAAAUUCACCGCCGUGCGUAAGAGUUAUAUAGGGUUACAAUUACCAUUCUUUAAAUAUUGUCGCAAACGUCUUACAUCCGAAUGGCGUACGUCGAGAAGAGUUCGCGUACUCCACUUUGAUAUACCCUGGUCUAAUUCAUACGGAUUAUUUAAGGACUUAUUAAUAAUAUCACUUGAAUAAUUCAAGGAUUUUAUUUACGUGACUGUUAACUAUGUAGUGUCACCUUUUUAACAAACCCAAUAACGCCGUGACGGUAGUGCGACAUUCGUAGAUAUAACUCUAUUAAACUAUCUUUAUCGGGAAUGACACACGGUCGUCACGCUUGGCAGCACGUAGCCGAUAGCCUGACUAAUGUCAUAGGUAUAGUUUAGUAAAUUACAACUACGGUCCAUUCAACUUCUCUUUUUAUAAUCAUGAUUUUGUUGUAAAAGGGCUAUAUACGAAUUAAUACAUUGCCGUCGCGUGGCCACUUCUGUGCAUCCCAUUGCCAAUAUAGUCGUUAAUAUUUAAUGUGGAGGUCUAAGAGAAUUGAUGUAUAUCUAAGACAGAUAGAAACAUUUUCUUUCGUGAUAGGUACCAUAGAGUAGUUAGUUGUAAUAGUACAAGUAUCAAAGUGCCUAAGUAAUUUAAGCUAAUAACUGUUGCUAAUCCAUUUUUAAGACAAUUAUAAUUUGUUGUUAUAGUUACAAAAA